GUAUCCUUGUUGCUUCUUGUCGGUUCCUGUGUCUGCAUUUUGUAAAGUAUUUGAGAUUUAGUCUAGUUUGUUUAAUUUCCUGUUUAGUAUUAGUCUAGUGUUGUGCUUGGCCCGUCUUGUUUUGCCCCCUCGUGGGUUUUGUUUUUCUCCUGUUUUUUACUUACCCAACACUGACUGUGUGUUAGUCCUGUAUCAUCUAUCAAAUCAAAAUAAGAGUCUCUAUCCAGCUUUGAGAGUAACAUUGAGAUAGAGGUUAAAAUAAUAUUUAUGUCUCCUUGAAGAGAUGAUAAAUGAAUAAACAACACCGAAGGGUGUGGAUUGGUGCAGGGUUGGUAGAGAUAGAUAAUAAAAGGGAGCUGUAAGGAGUUUUUCGUAUGCAACAGCAUGUGUGUGUCAAUUGUGAGUGUGGGCCUGCUGCUGGUCAUACUGUGGAUGAUUGCAAUUCGACUUUGUGGAUUUCAGGCUAGCAGGCAACGUGAUGAAAAUGCCAAAGCAAGCAAAAAGCCUGAGGCUGCUGCUUCCAAACUCCUGCAUUACCUUUCUAAGCGUUUUCUUAGUUCUCCCUAUCCAUCUAUUCCUGGUCCUACCUCUCUUCCUUUUCUGGGCAACAUGUUGGAUUUGACCCGAGAUCAUCUACCUAUCCAUCUGACUGCACUGGCAUAUCGCUACGGAAACAUUUAUCGGCUUAACUGUGGCAGCACAACCAUGGUCAUAUUAAACAACAGCGAGAUCAUCCGUGAGGCUCUAAUUAAAAAAUGGUCAGACUUUGCUGGAAGGCCUUCUUCAUAUACAGGUGAUAUAGUAUCAGGUGGAGGGCGAUCUAUAUCAUUGGGAGAUUAUAGUGAGGAAUGGAAAGCUCAUAGACGUUUGACCCAUGGUGCUUUACAACGCUGCACAAAAGAUUCUCUUCACACCGUCAUAGAUCAGCAGGCACGUCGUCUCUGUCAGGUGUUGCGGGACUACAAUGAAAAAGCGGUGGAUCUAUCUGAGGAUUUCACUGUGGCCGCCAGCAAUGUGAUCACGACACUAACCUUUAGCAAAUCUUAUGACAAGAGCUCAGAAGAGCUGCAGAGAUUGCAGACCUGUCUCAAUGAGAUUGUGUCUCUGUGGGGUUCACCCUGGAUCUCAGCGUUGGACUCCUUCCCUUUGCUAAGGAAAUUACCCAAUCCACCUUUCUCUCGUCUCAUGAAGGAGGUUAAUACACGCGAUGCGCUGGUAGGAAAACAUAUAGACGAAUAUAAGAAAAGUGACAAUAAAAGUGGUACUCUGACAUCAUCACUUCUGCAAUGCCAAGAAACUCCACAGGGGGCAGCAAAUAAACAAAUGACUUUGACAGACACCCAUGUACACAUGACCGCAGUGGACCUGCUGAUAGGAGGAACAGAAACUGUAGCUGCUUUGCUCAACUGGACCGUAGCCUUUCUGUUACACAGGCCUGAGGUUCAGAAUAAAGUGUAUGAUGAGCUGUGUACUGUGCUGGAGGGCAGGUACCCUAAGUACAGUGAUAGACACCGACUGCCAUAUUUAUCUGCUUUGAUCAAUGAGAUGCUGAGACUGCGACCUGUAGCUCCCCUCGCUGUGCCACACAGAGCUGUUCGAAAUAGCAGUAUUGCAGGAUAUUUCAUCCCCAAAAACACAAUAAUCAUUCCUAAUCUGUAUGGUGCCCAUCAUGAUCCAGAGGUCUGGAAAGAUCCUUACAGCUUCAGACCAGAGCGCUUUUUGGAGGGUGGUGGAGGGUCCAUUCGUGCCUUGAUUCCUUUCGGAGGAGGGGCCCGUCUGUGUCUGGGCGAGGCGGUAGCCAAAAUGGAGAUGUUUCUAUUCACGGCUUAUCUGCUGCGAGACUUUCGGUUCCUGCCUGCCAGCAAAGAGGAGCCUUUGCCUGAUCUUCGAGGGAUGGCCAGCGUGGUUCUUAAAGUUAAACCAUAUUCAGUUAUAGCACAUCCAAGAGAACAGUAAAUUAUUGGAGGCCUAUACAUGUAGCUGGAAAUACUUGUCAACCCAGCCACCCAGUACAAUAAUUUUGUACAAUUAUUUGCACCCAGUACAACAGUUUAAGUCCAAUAUAUCAUUAAGAUAAGACUGCAGUGCAAAUAAAAGCCUUUAUGAAAACAUCAAAUAAUUUAUUCUAAUAAAAUUAAAGAGUUUGAAGGGCUAUAUUC